GUCAAACUCAUCAAAUGGAUCUUUUUUUCGAAUUUUGAUUUACUUUGCGACAAUCACAAUUCUUCCACGAAGAACAAAUCCUCAACUCUAACAUAAUAAAUUUGUCCUUAAAUCACCUAACUUCACAAAUAAGAAGAUAUGGGGGGCAAAUCCGAAAACAAGGCCGGCUACUUCGAUAAGCUCAAGGGCUUACUCGAGGAGUACAAGUCCAUCUUCAUCGUCACCGUCGACAAUGUCAGCUCUCAACAGAUGCACGAGAUCCGUGGAUCUCUCCGUGGUGAGGGUGUUGUCUUGAUGGGAAAGAACACCAUGGUCCGCCGUGCUGUCAAGGGCUUCGUCAACGACAACCCAGAAUACGAGCGUCUCCUUCCUUUCGUCAAGGGUAACGUCGGUUUCGUUUUCACCAACCAAGACCUCAAGACCAUCCGUGACAAGAUUCUCGACAACAAGGUUGCUGCUCCAGCCAGAGCUGGUGCCGUUGCCCCAGCUGAUGUCUACGUCCCAGCCGGUAACACCGGUAUGGAACCAGGAAAGACCUCUUUCUUCCAAGCUCUCGGUGUCCCAACCAAGAUUGCCCGUGGUACCAUUGAAAUUACCGCAGACUUGAAGCUCGUUGAGGCUGGUUCCAAGGUCGGAGCUUCCGAGGCUACCCUUCUUAACAUGUUGAACAUCUCUCCGUUCACAUACGGUAUGGGUAUCUCCCAAGUUUACGAUGCUGGUAACACUUUCCCACCAAGUGUUCUCGACAUCGAAGAGGCCCAACUUCUCAAGGCUUUCAGCAGUGCCAUCACCACCAUCGCUGCUAUCUCCUUGGCUGCCAACUUCCCAACCCUUCCAUCUGUUAUGCACUCUGUUGUCAACAGCUACAAGAAGGUUUUGGCCGUUGCCAUCUCAACCGACUACAGCUGGUCUGAGAUUGAUGAGUUGAAGGACCGAAUUGCCAACCCAGAGGCCUACGCCAGUGCCGGACCUGCCGUUACUGAGGCUGCCCCAGCUGCCGUUGCUGAGGAGGCCAAGAAGGAGGAGUCCGAGGCUGAGGAGUCCGCUGAUGAGGGAUUCGGAGGAAUGUUCGACUAAAUUCGCCAAUGAUAUAUCUGAAAUGAAUUCUGUGUAUGUCUGAAAGGAUAUAUAAGAAAACAUCAAGAUUAUCUAGUUGUCAUCCAAGUAUCUUGACUCUGGAAAAAUGAAAAAAUUUAACA